AUGGUGAAAUUGUCGCCGGGGCUGCUUCAGCAGCUGCUCCUCUCCACCCCGGCCGUCUUGGCUGCCAUCACUGUGGACAUUGACAAUCAAGACUCUGUCAAGGCUGCGGCUGCUCAAGUCGCCGAUGAUCUCAUGUCUUCCUUCUACCACGGCGAUGAGCCGGGUGCCGUUGUCGGGAUUCUACCCGGUCCUCCCACUUCCAAUGAUCCGGAGGGCUAUUAUUGGUGGACUGGCGGAGAACUGUGGGCUUCGCUGAUCGAGUUACGCUCACACACCGGCGAAAACAAGUACGAUAGCGUCAUCUCGGAAGGCCUGCAAUUUCAGACUGGCGAGAACGCCGAUUUUCUGCCCGCAAACUGGACUGCUACCGCAGGCAAUGAUGAUCAAGGCUUCUGGGCGCACGCAGCAAUUAUUGCGAAGGAGAGCGGUUUUGCAGACGCUGGGUCAGACAAACCUCAGUGGUUGACGUUGGCCCAGAAUGUUUUCGACGAACAAGCGGCCCGCCUACUAUCGGGUGAGGGCAACUGCUCUGGUGUGCUAAGAUGGCAGCUAUUUGCCUUCAACAAUGGGUAUAACUACGUUAACACAUUAUCUAAUGCAUUGUUUUUCAACCUGGGAGCUCGCUUGGCUCACGUCACCAACAAUCAAACGUUUGCAGACACGGCCAGCAAGACAUACGACGCUUUAUCUAGCCUAGGCCUUGUGACGGACGACUAUGAAGUCUACGAUGGUAUAGAUCAAAUCAAAUGCGAAGAUCCCAACAAAUUCCAAUUCUCAAGCAAUGCUGGCACUCUACUGGAAGGCGCGGCGUACAUGUACAACAAAACUGGCGACGACACCUGGAAGACACGCCUCGAUGGGCUCGUUGAUCGAACCAUCGAGCUCUUCUUUCCUGGCGGGGUCGCAACCGAAGUCUCGUGCGAAAAGAAUGGCAAUUGCAAUAAGGAUAUGUACUUCUACAAGGGUAUCCUUCACCGAUCGCUGAGCACAACCACGAGAGUAGCCCCUUACACAGCUGCCAAGAUUCUCCCGGUAUUGAAGAGCAGCGCAAAGGCCGCCGCGUCAACAUGCACGGGCGGUGACAAUGGCCGUAUGUGUGGAUACCAAUGGGCCGACGGCAAGUUCCAGGAUGACUCCAACGCCGGUACGCAACUGAGUGUAUUGAACGCUCUAGUUAGUGUCUUGCAGACCACGAAUGUGCAGAGCUCGACCACCGGUACUGGUGGAGCUAGCGGAACUGGCAGCAGCGCUUCAAGUAGCCCGACUGGUUCAGGCACAGCAGGUAGCAUGGGAUCCAACGUUGGCGUCAGCGUCCUGUCCCUCAUCGGAGGACUACUCGCCAGCAGCCUGAUCAUUUAA